CUGAGUUAUACCCGUAGGCUCAACACAAGAUUGCCAUGUGUCCACGAAAUCUCCACAAAUGGUGCACCUUGCCCUCCGAUGGAUAUCGCCUCUUUUCUCGUCUUCUCUCCCUCACACAGCUUGACAUUUCCACCCAACUUCUCCCCCCUCCUUAAUUUCCUCGCUUAUAACCUAUAUUAAGCUUCAAAGAAAACGAAAGAUCCAAACUUUAUCGGAGAAAAACUACAGAAUGUCUGCUUCUUUAGUAUUACCCCACAGUUCAAUUCAUAGCUCAACUGUUUUGUUUUCAAGAACCCAUUUUCCCCAUCUGACACAGAGAGAAUUCCCAGCACCAGAGCUGUGCUCUGUUACUUUACAGAGCAGUCUGUGUUUCAGAAACCAAGAAACCCGGAAGAGGGUGACCCGAAGAGUGAAGGCUACUGCUGUGGAGCCUGAGGGGGAGCCGGAGAGGAAGAAGGUGAAGAUACUGGUGGCGGGCGGCGGGAUAGGGGGUUUGGUUUUUGCUCUGGCGGCGAAGAAGAAGGGGUUUGAGGUGGUGGUGUUUGAGAGGGAUCUGAGUGCGAUAAGAGGGGAGGGUAAGUACAGAGGUCCGAUUCAGAUACAGAGCAAUGCUUUGGCGGCUUUGGAAGCCAUAGAUAUGGAUGUUGCCGAUGAGAUUAUGUGUGCCGGCUGCAUUACCGGCGACCGGAUUAAUGGUUUGGUUGAUGGUAUUUCUGGAAAUUGGUUUGUCAAGUUUGAUACGUUCACUCCUGCAGUAGAACGGGGACUUCCUGUAACAAGAAUUAUCAGCCGCAUGACUUUGCAACACAUCCUUGCCCGCGCUGUAGGGGAAGACAUUAUCAUGAAUGAAAGCAAUGUGGUCAACUUUAAGGAUGAAGGAAAUAAGGUCACAGUAAUUCUUGAGAAUGGGCAGGAAUAUGAAGGUGAUGUGCUAGUUGGUGCUGAUGGAAUACGGUCGAAGGUGAGAGAACAUUUGUUUGGGCCGGAGGAUGCUACUUACUCAGGCUAUACUUGCUACACAGGGAUUGCAGAUUUCGUUCCUGCUGAUAUUGAGACAGUGGGGUACCGAAUAUUUCUUGGCAACAAACAAUAUUUUGUUUCUUCCGAUGUGGGUGGAGGGAAAAUGCAGUGGUACGGUUUUCAUAGUGAACCGGCUGGCGGAGUAGACAGGCCAACUGGUAAAAAAGAGAGAUUGCUAAAAAUAUUUGAAGGGUGGUGUGACAACGUUAUCGAUGUAUUGCUUUCUACGGAUGAAGAUGCGAUUCUGCGGCGUGACAUUUAUGAUAGAACUCCAACCUUCACAUGGGGUAAGGGCCGUGUCACCUUACUCGGAGACUCGAUCCAUGCUAUGCAGCCAAAUUUGGGUCAAGGAGGAUGCAUGGCUAUAGAGGAUGGGUAUCAACUAGCUCAUGAACUAGACAAAUCUUGGAGGCGAAGUGUGAAGUCUGGGACCCCUAUAGAUAUUACCUCUUCAUUAAAAAGUUAUGAGAGAGAAAGAAGGCUGAGAGUUGGAAUCAUCCACGGGCUGGCCAGAAUGGCUGCAAUGAUGGCAGUGGCAUAUAAGGCCUACUUAGGUGUAGGACUCGGUCCAUUAUCCUUCUUGACCAAAUUUAGGAUACCACACCCAGGAAGAGUUGGUGGAGGAAUUUUUAUGGAAUUCGCAAUGCCUAUAAUGCUUAGUUGGGUCCUUGGGGGCAAUGGAGGAAAACUUGAAGGCAGGACAUUACAUUGCAGGUUGUCAGAUAAGGCAAAUGAUCAGCUGCGGAAAUGGUUUGAAGAUAAUGAUGCAUUGGAGCGCGCCAUGAAUGGGGAAUGGGUUUUAACUCCAAUCAAGAAUGGAAGUACUGCUUCAGAACCCAUUUUCUUAAGCAGGGAUGAAAAGACGCCUUACAUUGUUGGUUCUAUAGCUCAUCCAAACUUUCCAGGAACAUCAGUAGUCAUAAAUUCUACGGAGGUAGCGGAAUUGCAUGCCCGGAUCAGCUAUAAAGAUGGAGCUUUCUUUGUGACUGAUCUGCGGAGUAUAAAUGGCACCCGGAUCACCGAUAAUGAGGGUAGAUGCUAUCGCGUGCCUCCCAACUUUCCAACUCGUUUCCGUCCAUCAGAUACCAUUCAGUUUGGCUCAGAUAAGGUUGCCUUUCGUGUAAAGGUGAUGAAGUUUCCAACGAGACUUGGGGGCGAGAAGGAAAGGGGAGAAGUUUUGCAGGCAUUGUAGGGAUAAACCUGAGUUAAUCAAUUAUGCAGAAGAAGCUAAGAGUAGAUGGAAGUACAUAAUUAAAGCACAGUAGCUGGCUUGUAAAUCUGCUAUAGCAUUUUGUACAGAUUAAUCCUGAGGAUGAAUGGAGCAACUAGAAAUUGCACUACAGGGGGGUGAGAUGCAAGCCCCCAAAUAAUUGUUUCUUGUAUUGUAUAGGACUGCAUAUGUUUGAAUGAAGCCAUUUUUACUUGUUGAGGCUUUUGUUCCCCUCACCUUGCCUGCUGCUAUGUGGUAUUGGAAGGACUAGACACCAGUAUUCUGAAUCAAUGAUGGAACAAUUAGGCA